GUCACGUCGGGAAGGGUGCUGGGCCUCGACGGGGACCCCCGCGUGAUCCUCGGCGGCGUGAGCUCGCACGGGGUGGCUGUGGACUACCAGGGGUCCAUCUUCUGCACGGACAUCACUCCCGACGGCAGCCGCAUCCUCAUGCUGUCGGGUCAGGGCGUUGCCAGCAAGCUGCGGGGCGAG